AUGAAGAGGAUUGAUAAGAAGCCCAACAGAGGAAAGUUCCAGAAGGGAGGGAGGCCACCUAGGGGCGGUAAGAAUGAGGGAAGAGGAAGGAUGAAUAAUAAGAAGAAGGGAAGCGUGAAGGCUGGACUGGACAAGAAGAUCCUGGUUGAGCCGCACAAGAGGUUUCCAGGGGUGUAUGUUGGAAGGGGGAAGGAGGAUCUGCUGCUUACAAAAAGUCUAGCGCCUGGAACCAGCGUGUAUGGGGAGAGGAGGGUCAGUGUCGACGUUGAAGGGGAGAAAGUUGAGUACCGUGUUUGGAAUGUCUACAGAAGCAAGCUUGCAGCCGGGAUUGUGUGCGGUGUCGAGAACAUCCACAUAGGGCCUGGAAGUAAAGUGCUGUACCUAGGAGCCUCGUCUGGCACAACGGUUUCUCAUGUGUCUGACAUAGUUGGGAAGGACGGGAUGGUAUAUGCGGUUGAGGUUAGCGAGAGGUCUGGAAGAGAUCUGAUCAACAUGUCUAUGAAGCGGCCGAACAUUGUUCCCAUAAUAGAGGAUGCUAGACAUCCAUCGAGAUACAGAAUGCUUGUACCCAUUGUCGACUGUAUUUUUUCGGAUGUUUCCCAACCAGACCAGACAAGGAUUGUUGCGCUGAAUGCUCAGUACUUUUUGAAGGAAGGAGGGGGAGUGGAUGUCUCCAUCAAGGCAAACUGUGUCAAUUCAUCUAUUCCCGCCGAGACCGUCUUUGCAGACGAAGUGAACAUCCUCAGAAAGAGCAAUAUCAAGCCAAGAGAGCAAGUAACUCUUGAGCCAUUUGAAAAGGAUCAUGCUCUGAUUGUUGGAAAGUUUGUAUUAGCGAAGUCUGGAGAAAAGAAAUAG